CCUUAUACGUGUACCGCUGCAACGGUAGCAGGCAGCGCGCUCGAGUUUUGCUUUUGCCAUGCCCGUUGACAUGUAAACAGUGACAGACAGACAGAAACGUACAUAUGUGCACGACGACACGAAUAUCGCUGAUACGAAGUAGCUCAACAUCGUUGACCGUCAACCGUGCGUCGGAUACCCCGAAGAAUUACGUGGCGGAUUAUCCCGCGCCGAUCGCGAUUAUUGAUUCUCGGGUAACUUGUGUGCUUUGGUCCUCCCUUUCACUUUUUUUUCCGAGACUGAGGUGAAAUCGUAGAAUCAUCAUCGCUAUGACGCGCGAUGUGGCGCGAUGAGAGAUUGAGAAAUAUAGAAGAGAAAGUAUAAGCCAGUAGCAGUGCGAGAAAGAAUCUCGCGCGGGCGAACGGGCGCGCGCGCGCGCGCUCGCGCGCGCUGCCAUCAUAUCUUCGUGUGCGCUAUCAUCCCCCUGUGAGCCCUGAGCCCCUAAGAGCGUGUCGCGACGACGACGAGUGCCGUGAGCCGCCACCGCCGCCGCCGCCGCCGCCGGCGCACGGCGUCCUCAUUCGCGUCGGCGUCGGUCGCGAGGGAGACUCGCCACCUACCAUAUCCUGCUAUCAUCGGGUCGAAUAUGACGCGACCCCGUCAUCCGCAGAUCGUAUCGUAUUACUCUUGACUACGAAGCGCAAACGCCGAAAGACAAGUGCGGAACGAGACGGAUCGAGUGCCUCGUCGAGAUAUCAUGUCUUCGAUAUCGGCGCAGGGCGUCGUCGAGCGUGCCAGCGCCGAACUGACCAAACGAAUCAACGGCCUGGGAUUACGGACGUCAAAACAUCAUGGAAGCGGUAAGACCAGCGUCAUGGAACGUGUGACGAAUGUCUUCUGCGGCGGCAGUGGUAGCGUUGCUUAUAUGAAUUUGCAAAGCGCGAAUAAUGCAAACGCGACACCCGAAAAGCCCAGUCGGAGUGCCACGCAGACCACCAUCAACAACGUACCAGCGGGCAAUAAUAAGGAACGUUUGAAUAACGUCACUCCGAGCAGAACUAGAGUACCCAGAAACAGGAUGAAGAUAGCGGUUCCCCUCGCUAGUGGAGGAACCGGCGGUUACGUACCACCGACUACGUGGGAACAGCUGAUGCAAGACGACAAUUUCCUAGGGCGAUUUUUUCUCUACUUUAACGCUACGGAAAGAAGAAUAUUGGCUCAGGUUUGCACGAGAUGGAGAGACGUUUUGUAUGCAAGACCGCGUCUUUGGACUGGACUGGUACCGGUGGUGCGAUGCCGCGAGGCUCGCGCUAUGCAACCGAACGCGCGUACCCGACUUUACGCUUCUUUAGUGAGAAGAGGCUUCGAUUCGUUAGUUCUCCUAGGUGCGACCGACGAAGAUAUUCCGGAAUUAACACGCGGUUUCCCAUUGGCUCAACGAUACGUGCAUUCUCUAUCAUUACGGUGCUGCGCGGUAACGGACAGAGGUCUCGAAACUCUGUUGGAUCAUUUACAGGCUUUGUACGAGCUUGAAUUGGCCGGAUGCAAUGAGAUAACAGAGGCUGGCUUGUGGGCAUGUCUUACCCCCAGAAUAGUGUCGUUGUCUCUGUCGGAUUGCAUCAAUGUCGCCGACGAGGCCGUCGGCGCCGUGGCUCAGCUGUUGCCGAGCCUCUACGAAUUUUCUCUGCAAGCUUAUCACGUUACUGACGCUGCGCUCGGUUACUUCAGUGCAAAGCAAAGCAGCGCACUCAGCAUCCUGAAGCUGCAAUCCUGCUGGGAGCUCACAAAUCAUGGCGUAGUAAAUAUUGUGCAUUCCUUGCCUAAUCUGACUGUAUUGUCGCUCUCUGGAUGCAGUAAAGUAACAGACGACGGUGUUGAAUUAAUCGCGGAAAACUUGCCAAGACUUCGUUCCUUAGAUCUCAGCUGGUGCUCAAGGAUUACAGAUGCAGCCUUAGAAUAUAUCGCCUGUGAUUUGAACAAUUUAGAAGAACUCACAUUAGAUAGGUGCGUACACAUUACUGAUAUCGGCGUCGGUUAUAUCUCCACGAUGGUUUCGUUGAGUGCUUUAUUCUUGAGAUGGUGUUCGCAACUUAGAGAUUUUGGACUUCAACACUUAUGCGUCAUGAGAUCUCUACAAGUGUUAUCCGUGGCAGGUUGUCCAUUGCUCACAAGUAGUGGUUUAUCUAGUCUGAUACAACUUCGACACUUACACGAGUUAGAACUAACCAAUUGUCCAGGAACGUCACGAGAACUGUUUGACUAUUUACGUGAACAUCUACCACGUUGCCUAAUCAUCGAAUAAAUAUUUAAUAUUUAUAAAUAAAAUUCCUUUAUAUGCAAACAUAUGUGUCAAACAGAAAGGAUUAAACUGCGAGAAACAGAUUUUAACUGAGAAGUUCGCAGAAAGCAAUAUUUUGAAUGACAAAUGAAAGACAGUAUAACUGAUAGAAACAACUGACGUCCAGAUAAUGAAAUAAUAUUACAUUUUCCUCGUAAUGGUCUAAGAGAACACUAGCCCUCAAUGUAACGCAUAGACAUUUUUAAUACAUUAACGUCCCAAGCACUUCCGUUCGUAUUUUUUCAUUCUGUCACGUAAUCAUAUUACGGGCAUGUAUGAACUAUUGCGAUUGUAUUUGUAUCGAUUAGACAAAACAAAAAGAAAACUCAUACAUGUAAUGAUCAUGUACAGAAAUGAGAGAGAAUUCAAUAUUGUACAUUAGAAAGGAUUGAUAAUGCAUUAGAAAAGCGAGAUAGAUCAGUGAGUCCUUCUUUUUGCCUCCUAGUAAUAUAGAGAGAAAGUCCAAAUAAACACAUGGCAAGAGACUCAACAGUUAGAACUGUGAUAAAUUUAUAUUGUACAUACAUGAAUUCUAAUUGGUUCACAUACAUUUAAACUACGGCAUCAAGCGCAUUUGACGGACGCAACAGCCGCGAAGAAGUUUGAUAGUGAAUUUAUGUAGGAAC